CGCCCCGGCCCAGCUGCGGCGCGUGACGCUGGCCAAACCGCUCUGGUGGCCACCGCAGGCGGGCACAGGCAGCGGGGAUAUCGACUAGCUAGCGGCAUGGCGGCGGUGGGGCCGGCAGCAGGGCCAGCGGGGCCCGAGCCCAUGCCGAGCUACGCGCAGCUGGUGCAGCGGGGCUGGGGCAGCGCGCUGGCGGCGGCGCGGGGCUGCGCGGACUGCGGCUGGGGACUGGCCCGCCGCGGCCUGGCUGAGCACGCGCACCUGGCGCCGCCCGAGCUGCUGCUGCUGGCGCUCGGCGCGCUCGGCUGGACCGCGCUUCGCUCGGCGGCUACCGCGCGCCUCUUUCGGCCCCUGGCCAAGCGGUACCACCUCCAGCCUAGAGAUGCUGCCAAGAUGCCUGAGAGCGCCUGGAAGUUUCUCUUCUACCUGGGCUCCUGGAGCUACAGUACCUACCUGCUUUUUGGCACUGACUACCCCUUCUUUCAUGACCCACCAUCUGUCUUCUACGACUGGACACCAGGCAUGGCAGUGCCAUGGGACAUCGCAGCCAUCUACCUGCUGCAGGGAAGUUUCUACGGCCAUUCCAUCUAUGCCACACUGUACAUGGACACUUGGCGCAAGGACUCAGUGGUCAUGCUCAUUCACCAUGUUGUCACCCUGGUCCUCAUCAUCUCUUCCUACGCCUUCAGGUACCACAAUGUGGGCAUCCUUGUGCUCUUCCUACAUGAUAUCAACGACGUGCAGCUCGAGUUCACCAAACUUAAUAUCUACUUCAAGUCCCGUGGUGGCUCCUACCACGGGUUGCAUGCCCUGGCAGCAGACCUGGGCUGCCUCAGCUUCGGCUUCAGCUGGUUCUGGUUCCGCCUCUACUGGUUCCCGCUCAAGGUCCUGUAUGCCACGAGCCACUGCAGCCUGCGUUCUGUGCCUGACAUCCCCUUUUACUUCUUCUUCAACACACUCCUGCUGUUGCUUACCCUCAUGAACCUGUACUGGUUCCUGUACAUCGUGGCGUUCGCUGCCAAGGUGCUGAUGGGCCAGGUGCGCGAGCUGAAAGACCUGCGGGAGUAUGAUGCAGCGGAGGCCCAGGACCCCAAGCCCAGCAAAGCUGAGAAGCCGCUGAGGAACGGCCUGGUGAAGGACAAGCGCUUCUGAUCCCCUCGACCCCGCCCUGUCCCCAAAGAUCCAGCCACGCCCCCAGGGCCCUGGCUGAGCCCCACCCCUGGGGACUCUGGCCCUAACAAAUUCUGCUGCUCCUGGGCACAUCCAUUCCGGGCCACAUUCUCUGGGACCCUGCCAGACCCUUCAGCCCCAGCC